ACACAUCUGCAUGGCUGAGAGACCCAUAGUGUGAUUUACACACUUUCCCAUGGGAGAAGUAGCGUUUUAACUCUUCCCUGAUCACUUCAAUCUGAUUAUUUCUGGUCUCUUGAGCUUUUAUGAUCAUUUUAUUAGACUUCCUGGCUGUGCUUCAGUGGUGAGUGGCUGAAUUUAGUCUUCUCUGCAUCACGGUAAUAGUAGUAAUGUGAAGUUUAAUGAGCACCUGCAAAGCUGUGUAGCAGGGAAGGAACUGCCAUGCCUGUGGGACUCUUCCGGGUGUGCCUACUGGUGAUUACAGCUAUUGUCAACCACCCGCUCUUCUUCCCCAAGGAGAAUGGCACUGUCCCUGAGCACACCGAGGAAAUCAUCCAGAAGAUGAAGGAGCGGGAGGAGAGCCUGCGGCUGGAGCAGUUGCGCUUGGAGCAGGAAAUCGCAGACCAGGAGGCCACACAGAAGGCUCUGGAAAAGGCCGCAGUGGUAGUGGAGGAAACCAAAGAGGAAAAAGUCCGAUGGGACAUGUGGACUGCCCUCUCCAUGGUCAUCUUCCUGCUGAUUGAGCUCUGGAGGCAGGAUUUCCAGGAAGGGAAUUGGCAGGACAUAGGAGGAGAAGAGGAUGACAUGGCAGUCCUGGGAAAAGCAUUUAAAGGAGUGACCUUUCCCGACAAGGCUGUCCUGGGCAGCUUCUAUGAGAAGCGUAUCCUGGGUACCACUGGAGACAUGGCCAGGAUGCGGGAGAUGGUGGAAGGCUUUGCAGAUGACCUGCUGGAGGCCUUGAGGAGUGUUUGUAACCGGGAUGCUGACAUGGAAGUGGAAGAUUGCAUGGGUGUGGGGAGCAUGUAUGAGAAUUGGAGAGUGCGUAAGCCCUUUGUCUGUGACCUGAUAGUGCCUUUUGCCCCCCCAGAGCCUUACUGCUUUCGCUGCCAGACCUGGUGCUCUGGUGACUCUUUUCCCCCAGAUGAACAAGGUUAUGGCACUAUCAAGGUGUGCAGGGCAGAUGAGGAUGUGACGGGUUGCAUCUGUGACAAGACUAAACUAGGGGAAGAUAUGCUGUGCCUCCUCCAUAGCCAGGUCAGUAGUACCAGGCCCAGCAGUGAGAUGGAAGACCUCCUAUGCUUCAAAAAUACCCAAUAUCUGGAUGCUGACCAAGUCAUGAAGUGGUUCCAGAUUGCUGUCACCAAAGCCUGGAACAGAAUCUCCCACAAAUAUGAAUUUGACCUUUCCUUCAGCCUCCUGGACUCACCAGGAGCACUGAAGAUAAAAUUUAAAUCAGGGAAAUCGAUUGCCUUCAACCUCACCCCUGUGGUGCAGUAUGAGAACUCUGACGUUUACUUCAUCUCCCACUUCCCUCGGAGCAGCCUGGCAGCAGACAUCCCCUCCAGCACCCACUGGUUCCUCACCUUCGCAGUGUAUGAGAGGAGGUUCAUCCAGCUGGUCUCCAAAACACUGCCUGCCAAUGCCUGCCACGUCAGCUGCCUUCAGAUCCUCUCCUUCCUCCAUGGGAAGCAAUGCAGCCUCACAGGUCCCAGCGGGCUCACCAACUACCACCUGAAGACAGUGCUGCUGCAUCUCCUGCAGGCACGUCCCAGUCAGGACUGGGCCCCAGAAAAGCUGGAGGCCCGCCUACAGGACAUGCUGAAAUUCCUAGAGAAAUGUUUGCAUGAAAAGAAGCUUUAUCACUUCUUUAUUGGCAAUGGGAAUGUACCAGCAGAGCUGAGUUUCCCCAUCAUAUUUCAGAGGGCUGAGCCUCUCAACCUUUUCCGUCCCUUUGUGCUACGCAGGGACAUUUACAGGAAGAUGGUGGACACGUUCCACGAGAUGCUCAGGAACAUGUCUGCACUGAUAAAUGAGUACACAGUGCACACUCCCCUUGCACACACCAAUGGGAUCCGUAAGGAACCCCUUUAACCAAAGCCAAACUCUAAGCACAAGUCCAGAGGGCAACUUCCUGAAGCCUCCUGGAGACAACUGACUUUGCCAAUAGAGCUUCUUGUUUGGAGCUGAAUCAGUCCUGGGCCAUGGUUCCUGCUGAAAGGACGAGGCUAUGGGAGGAGAAUAGGGAGAAACUGGAAGAUGUAGUGUUGAAGUAGGUUUCUGUUCCACUGCUGUGCUUGGUUUUAUGCAGCUAAGAAUAUAUUUUUUCUAUUGUGCCUCAGUCAUGUUACAGCAGUGGUGAGCAACAAAUGUAAGUAGUUUAUUCAGAUGCCUGCAAUGCAAAUGGGGUUGGGGGUGUGAUGGUGGCCAAUACUUCAUUUCCUUCAGAAGGGGGAGAUAAGAACAGGGUGGGGGAAUCAGAGACAGCAUCUGGGGAUCAAAGGAGCCCAUCUGCUUACAGACAGCAGGAGCUCUUUCACUAAUGGGAAGUGCAGCAUAAGUCUACAUGCUGGUCUGGAGAGGAGGACGGUCAUGCACAAGAUCUGGACUGGAUGGAGAUCCUUAAAUAAAGCACAGCUUCAAAAGGGAACUGUAGUUUAAAAACAA